AUGGAAAUUUUUAACUUUAAAGUAGAGCAUAAAAAAGGAAUAGACACCCCACACUUGGAUGGGUUGAGCAAUAUCCUAGAUGUGGAUGAGAUAAAUUUUGUUGUCCGAGAUACAGAAGAUGAAUUUUAUAAAAUAAUUUUAGAAUUUCACAAGAAGAUCAUUUAUAGAGAAUCCAGAAUAUCCUGGAAGGAGUUUAAUAAAACCAGAAUGGACAAGGAUAAGGCAACUUACGAAAGGAUUAAAAAGGUAUUGAAAGACUGCGUGGAAUGUAAACUAAAUAAUCUCAUAAAGACAAACAUCUCCUACUAG